GAUCUUGACUGUUCCAGAUCGGGUUGUAUUGCAAAGUGAAGCAAAACAUUCUCAGCGGACAUCAUCUCGAAUGUUUGUUUUCUUAAAAGAGAAGUAAAUCGAAGUGAAUCCUUUAAGGAGUCCUCCGUCCGGUGUGUCAUCCCUGAGGGAUAACCUAAAGUCCUGCCGAAGUAGUGAACAUCUAGUUGUGUUUGAUUCUGUGGCUACUAAGAUUUUAACAAAAUGGCGGGUCUCAGCGUGGACGAAGUGAAGGUAUCGCUGCAGAAAUUUGGCCUGUACGAUUACGUGGUGUUUGUGUUGAUGCUGCUCAGCUGUUUGCUGAUUGGCAUUUAUUUUGGAUUCAUCAAAAAGAAAUCACAAAAAGGAGCGGUGGAGGCGGAUUAUCUGGUUGGAGGUAGAAAAAUGAGCGUGAUUCCAGUGUCGCUGUCUCUGAUUGCUAGCUUCAUUUCUGGUAUCUCCCUGCUCGGUACACCUACCGAAAUCUACGUCUAUGGAAUUCAGUACACGUACAUCGUGGGUGGUGUCAUCUCUAUGGGAUUUAUUAUGAUGUACAUCUACCUCCCGGUGUUUCAUAACCUGAAACUUACUUCCACCUAUCAGUACCUACAAACCCGUUUCGACAAACGAAUGCGACUGUUUGGAUCAAUUUUAUUUACCCUCGCCACGAUGGCUUGGCUUCCGAUCGUGAUUUACGUCCCGGCGCUGGCGUUCAACCAAGUCACGGGGAUCAAUGUGCAUCUGAUCACACCGCUCGUGUGUGUAAUCUGUAUUUUUUACACGUGCGUUGGUGGAAUGAAGGCCGUUGUCUGGACUGACGUCGUCCAAACCGUGCUCAUGUUCGGUGCAAUAUUACUAAUUAUCUUCAAAGGAACCUACGACGUCGGAGGCUUUUCGGUUGUGGUUGAUCGAGCCGUGACCAGCGGAAGGAUCGAGAGUCCGGAUCUACAUUUCGAUCUUACCACCAGGCAUAACAUUUAUUCGUGUGUCAUUGGCGGGGUAAUUUAUUGGUUGAAAACAAAUGCCGUCAGCCAGAAUAUGAUUCAAAGAUAUUUGUCACUUCCUACUAUGAGAGCGGCUAAACAAGCACUCUGGAUGUUCAUAGUUGGAACUUUGAUCCUACUUGGACUCUGCGGUUACUGCGGUCUGUUGAUCUACGCCAGAUACUACGACUGUGAUCCAUUGACGACGAAAUUGGCCAGUGCCAAAGAUCAAUUACUACCACUUCUGGUGAUGGAUACCUUGGGUGACUAUCCUGGACUUCCAGGACUAUUCGUGGCCGGUGUAUUUUCAGCUGCAUUGAGUUCUCUGUCCACCGGAUUAAACUCGAUGUCUGCAGUGGUGCUGGAAGACUUUUUCAAACCGUUUAUAAAUCGUCCACUCAGCGAAAGAACUUCUGCGAUAAUAAUGCGAGCUGUUGUUGGAAUUUUUGGAACCAUUUGUGUUGUUUUGGUUUUUGUCGUGGAAAAACUUGGUUCAGUGUUGCAACUUUCCAUGAGCUUGGGUAGCGUUAGUAACGGGCCAUUGCUUGGUAUUUUCACUCUUGGGGUGCUAAUUCCGUGGGCCAACGGGACGGGGGCAAUCAUUGGUGGUUCAAUUGGGCUCGGAAUAAUGGCAUGGAUUUGUUUCAAAGCUCAAAUAGCAAUCGCAAGCGGAGAGAUGACCUUUGAACCUAAGCCGGUGGAUACUCAGGGUUGUAGCUAUCACUACAUUGCUUCAGAACCGAUGAGCAUGCUGGCAUUCAACGCAACAACUACUCCAGCUCCACCCAACACUGACCCGGAGUUCGCUAUCUACCACAUAUCGUAUCUCUGGUACACGAUGAUGGGAGCGUUGAUCACGAUCGUGCUUGCCGUUAUCGUAUCCUUCCUGGUAGGUCCCAACAAUCCGGACGAGUUGAAUCCCAAGCUGUUUGCUCCGUUUAUAGAACGGAUACUGAACCGACGGCGACGUCGAAAGGCAGCGCACAGUCAACCACGAAUAGAACUUCUCGAUGCUGGUUAUCAAUAAAACAUUUUCGCUGAUCGGGUAUCCGCAAGAAAAAAUCUAUCAGACUUUCAGGCAGAGUCAAACCGAUUGACUAUGGUUUUAGCUCUUUUGGGUCGUAAAAUAAAAUUGGUUUUUCCCAAAA